AUAAUGGUUAAACCAAACAAACAAGACAUAACUUAAGUAACCCGCGCUAACUCUAUGAACUUGAGCUUAGAAAAACUCUCUCCUCUUUUUUCUUUUUUCCUCAUUUCUCUUCCUUGAGUUGAUCUGGUCCAUCCAUCGCCGGCCUACCGAUUGAAGAAAUGGACGCAUCACCAAUCAGCAGAUUACCACAGGACACGCUCCAUCAGAUCUUCUCAUCACUUCCGCUCCGUGAUAUCAUGAUCUGCAAAUCCGUUUGCAAAUUCUUCAAUCACAUGUUAACUUCACCCUCCUUUGUUAACCUAAUCUCCGUCAAACCUCCUCUACGUUUCCUCGCUCUCCGUCCACCUCAUCACAACCACAAUCAUAAUCACAAAUCCCUCCACGUGUACGAUCCUGAUCAAAACCAAUGGCUUAAAUUUAGUCUGACUUUUUUACCCUUCAGGUCUCCACAUCCUGUGGCUUCAGUUGGUGGGCUUGUGUAUUUUUGGUGUGAUCGUGAUCGUGAUCGUGAUUCAUCUAACUCGUCCGAGUCAGGUAAGUCUCUCGUGGUAUGUAACCCGUUGACUAGUGAAUUCAAAGUGCUACCUCAGCUCGGUUCUGCUUGGUCGAAACACGGAGCUGUACUCGUUGACUCAGCGAGUCGAGUAAUGGUACUUACGGAGCUUGCAUUUUUAUACUUGUCAAAUAGAAACCCUAAAUCUUGGCUCACGUUUUCAUCGAAUUUACCAUCAAAACCUAGAAGUCCGGUUUUGGUUUGGAACUCGGUUUUCGCAUUAUGUGACGUUGGAUCUCCAUGGAGAUCGCAAUGGAAGCUAUUUACAUGUAAACUGUCGAGUCUUAAUAAUAAUAAUAACUAUCAUAAUCAUUGGAUGUGUUUAGAGAAGCAUGAAUGGGCUGAUUUAUUUGAUAUAAUAAAACGGCCGCGUUUAGUUGGUGGAAAUGGGAGGAAGUUGCUGAUGAUAGGAGGAUUGAAAUCGACGUUUUCCUUGAAUCCAUCGUGUUCGACCAUAUUGAUAUUGAGGUUGGAUUUGGAGAGGUUAGAAUGGGAAGAGGCGGGUAGAAUGCCGGUGGAAAUGUAUAGGUGUUUUCAGGAAUCGAGCAAGUUGAAGGUGUUUGGCGGUGGUGAUAGGGUUUGUUUUUCGGCCAAGAGACUCGGGAAAUUAGCGCUUUGGGUUGAUUGUGGUGGAGAUACGAGUUGUUGGAGGUGGAUUGAUGGGGCGCCUUGCGGUGUUGGUAGUGGUGGUGAUGGGCUCUGGAGAGGGUUUGUGUUUGAGGCUACACUUACUGCAUUGCCCUGAUUGGCUAUCUGCUUCCUGGCUGCUUGGCCUGGACAAGUGAGCUGUGGGUUGUCACUCAUGUGGACCUUUCUUGUGCUCUGAUUCAGAAUUAGAUGCCUCAUCUUCUGAAUUUGUUUCAUUAACUUUUACCUUCCAGCAAAUGAUCACAGUUCCAGCUGAAACCGUUCAAGUUAGUUCAAAUCCAGCUUUGAUUGUAAACUAAGCUGCUACUAGCGUAAAAUCGGUGGAGCUUCUUUCUGCAUAAAAUAAGAAUUUCUGCAUUGUUUCCUAAUGGGGAAAGAAACAUUUUUUUAAUCUUUAGGUCUUCACCCCACUUUGAGUUCAGUUUGAUGUAGUGCGGGUUCUUCUGUAAUGUCUUUUGAUUCCAAGAGAGCAUUACCAUUAUAGGGUCUCAAAUCCAUCCUAGUAUUGUGCAUUUCUUAUUCCUUUAUAGAUCCUUCGCAGUAUGUCAGACUCGAACAAUCUGUGGAUAGAGCUGUUAGUGUUU